GAUCUAAUUACAAUCUCUCCCUCGAUAUAAUAUAAGGCUGAUUACAAUUAUAUGGAUCAUAGAUACUGUAGUAUUUCGUAGGUAUUACAUUUUACAAGAAAAUAUGAUAGUACUAAUCGCUAUAGUUGUUAUUUCUCAAUCGUUUGGCAUACAGGGAGCCAUGAAUAUAGUUUUCGAGGAUAUGACUUGUCCAUUUUACAGUGAGGAAUAUUUCGAAGAACCUGACACUUUUAUAAAUGAUCAAAAUGCAUUGGUCGUAAACGUUUCGAUCCUUAAACCAGUUCCGAUAGAAUCUCAAGGAUGUUUCAAACUAACGGGUGCAUCAAUGGGUGAAUAUGUUGUAGACACUGGAUUUAAUGUACAGCUGGACUUGUGUGAUGCAAUCGAGGAACCUAUUAUAAUGGGUCGGCUUUUUCAAGCAUUUGGAUUCUCUGUAGACGAUUGUCCACCUGGAAUUGGUGUUUAUGGAAGUGAAGGUUAUAUAAUGCCAACAGAUACAUUUCCAGAUGAAUUCCCACCUAAUAAAUACUUGGUGGAACUAAGUAUUUUAUUGGAGGAGAAACCAUUAUUAAUACUUCAUACAUUCGUCAGCAUUCAAUAAAACGUGAAGUUAGUUUUUGGACCGACACUAUUAUGAUAAUUACUUAUUUUUCGUUGUAUAAUCAUGAAUCUUAAUAAAAGUAACGACUCUCAUGGCGUUUUUAAGCUUGCUCGGUAAAAAAAACAUUUUAUAAAAUUUCAGA